UUGAUGAAGGAAGUGGUUUCUGGAAAGCCCCGGAAACUGUGUUCUGUAGAGCAACAACCUUCCUGCCCCAGAGAAGCUUCAUCUGAGCUACUGUUCCUCUCCCUGCAGGAGAACCCCAAGGGCCUCCAGAAGGACAAGUGUGCGAUCAUACCAGGUGCUUUCCUUCCCACAGAGCCCCUAGUCGCUGUGAUUUUGGAAGGAGUCCUCAGUGGUUCUGCCCACUCACUGGCCACUCUUGCCCUGAGUCAGCACAAACCUGUGGACCAUGAAGAUGUCUCUGGUGCUCUAUUUUCUUGGCUUCCUGGUGGCGCCAAGUGCCGCUUACGUUUUGGGCCGUUGCACGGUGGCAAAGAAGCUCCGGGAGGGAGGCCUGAAUUAUUUUGAGGGCUACAGCCUUGAAAACUGGGUGUGCCUGGCUUACUUUGAGAGCAAAUUCAAUCCCACGGCUGUCUAUGAGAAUUCACCUGGUGGCUACACAGGCUUUGGCCUCUUUCAGAUUCGCAACGAUGCCUGGUGUGACCACGGCAAGAACCUCUGUCACAUGUCAUGCUCUGAGGCCCUGAAUCCGAAUUUAAAGAAGACAAUUGAAUGUGUCAAGAUAAUUGUCAAAGGAAAGGAAGGGAUGGGAGCAUGGCCUAACUGGUCCCGGAACUGCCAGCUCUCUGACACUCUGGGACGCUGGCUGGACGGUUGCAAGAUGUAGCCCCCAGUGGUCCCACAACGCUCACCAGUAGCUUCCUGGGCAUGGAGAUGCUGUUCCGUUUGCUGCCUCACCAAUUCCUGUUGAUGAUCUUACCUCCUGACAACUCCAGAUGGGGAAGGACCAAAGUUUGCUUCAUCCAGGGAUACAGGACGCAGAAUAAACCAAGCUGUUAUGCAACCUGG